AUGGCUGUGCCAUGGCAGGGCUUCUCUCCUCUGGUGUGCGCUGGCUGGCGUGGCAGGGAGCUGCGGGGAGCUAACGCAGACAUGUCUCAGUGCGCGCUACCUGCGCGGCGCGGCACGGAGCCUUCGGUCCCCAGGCGCCACAGCCACUUCACUAACCCCCUGCACCAGAGUGACGCUCAACCCUGCGCACAGGAGACGGGCACCUGUACCUGUCCCCCCGGCCGCCUCGGCUUUAUUCAUAGCCCGGGGGCAGCGCGGCGGAGCCGGGCGCCGCGGAGCUGCCGGGGACUGCCUGGGCCAGCGCCCCCGGCCGCGGGGAGGGGGCAAGGGGGGGAGGCGCGGCAGCGCCCGGCACCGGGGACCCGCUCCCUGCAGCGCCCCCGAGGCGGGCUGCGCCGUGGCUGCCCGCCCUGGGCGCAGCCCCACAGACGCUGCCCGGGCACCGGGGGCUUCCUCCGGGCGGAGCUGGGGGGCAGCCGAGCGGGGAGCGGAUACAGGUGCCGGCGGCAGCCGAAAGCAGGUCGGGGCAGGAGCGCUGGUUCCCGCUUGUCCUCUCCGUUCUCCUGCGCCCGUCCCUGCGUCCGGCCGUCCGUCCCGCCCGGCCUCAGCCGCAGGCUGCCGCCGCCACUGCCGCUCUCUCCUGAGGAGAAGUUACACGGGCCCGAGGCUGGGCGAACGGGCGGCGAGGUCCCAGUCCGAAAUGCCUUUCCCGGUGCGCAGCCUCCCUCCACCCUCGGUCAGCCCCGGGUGCCCAGGGCUACUUCGGGUUCCGGGCCGGUGUCCAGGACCGCGCAGCGCCCGGGAUCCCCGCGGGAGCCUGUGCAUGACAAGUUCCACCGCGCGCUCGAUUGCCCUUGCAGCUUUCAGUGCGGGGAAACCACUCGGAGAAAGAAAACGCGAGCCUUCUCCCCAUCUGCACUUGUAAACAGAAAGCCAAUCAUGCCACGAUCCUUUGCAUUUUAAAGCGGAGUAACAAACCCACAGCGACGUGGAUGCCCUGCUUGCCCGCCCAGGCUCCCUCCCCGCCGGCGGGACGAGGGCUCUGCCAUGCCCCCGGGAGUGCAGGAGGCGUGUGUGCCUCCCCCUCCCGGCCCUGCGGGUCUGGACUUUUCCUCCCGUCCCCCGGGGGACCUGUCCCUCUGCCCUACCCCAGGCUCCCGCUCCGGGCUCUGAGCCAGGCCGACUUCCCCGGGGCAGCGCCCUGCCCUUGCAGGGGGAGCCCCGCCGCUCCCGGGACCCCGUCCAGCCGCCGGCCGGCCCGGCCGAGCCCGUGUUUUACAGAGCGGGGUGGCACCCUCCGCCGCCGGGAGGUGACACCUGCCCUUCGGCCCUAACGAGCUUUGAGGGCACCGGGACCUCUCGGUGUGGCCUCCAAACCUUUCCCCGUCCCGGCGCCGGGUGCUCGGCCAGAGGCCGCCCCCGCUUUUCCCGACGGCAGAGUUACAGCGGGGGGAACUCCGGUGGUGAGGCGCUGGGGGGCUGCUGGAUUCAGCUGCCUCCCUGCCCUGAAAUAUGGUGUUCAAGGGCAGGAGACAUCGUUCAAAGAAUAAUCUUUUAUAUUAACAGCUACAACCAGUAACAGUACAUUAAUAUGAGUCUUUUGUAAUGUAACAACCUCAGGUCCACGAGAUCAACAUUUUUAAUUAUUUCAGUGAUGCUUAAAGGAAGUGAGCAGACUCGAGUCUGUCUUUUCCAAUUUGCUCAUGUCGACCUGCACAUCUUGGAAAUUGCCAUCCAUUGCCGCUCUGACCUAUGUAGCAGAAAGCACGGUGGCUUUCUGUCAAAAACUGGUAUAGCCAAGUAGUAGGGCAACCAGACUAAGUGGAGCUGGAAUCCCAAUAGACAUGCAGGCAGGUCAACCAUGGUGACAUCAUGGACACUGAGGGAACACUGGCCACUGAUAAAUCUGGGAAGAUGCUUGCAACAAGAGCAAAAGCUUUUGGGCAGCACUCCCAAAAAAACACAGGCCAGAAUCUGAGGCCAGAAGGGCAUUUGUAGAUCUUGCUUUAUGCUGUUCAUAAUGUUAGGUUGUCUUUCUCCUUUUUCACUUUUGUUUAAAUGGCCAAUAAUGCUAAGGUUUCAACCAUUUUUAAUGUUUUAACUAUUAAUAGGUGCUCUUUUCACUGUAGAAGUGCCGUUGGUCCUGUCUACCCUGGCAUUCUUUGGCAUUCUUUCCCAUUUCUGUAGCUAGACCAAUGCCCUCUCUGCUGUGAAAAGGCCAUUAUUAAAUGAUACCGAGUGGUCAUAACCCUUAAUUUUCCAUGUCAUUAGACAAACAGCACUGGUGAUAGCACCACAUAUUUCCAUUCAGAAAGGGAAUAUAAUUUCAUUUUCAGUGUCAAUUCCUUUGGCACUCUGGCUGUAUUUUGAAGACCUACUUUCUAAGAUACCAGAUGGGAGAAAACAGCAGCUUGAUCUCUUACUUUUUUGGCCUUUAUUUUCCUGUAGAGGUUACUAAAUCACACCUAGUCAAGGAAUAAUAUACUAAUGCAUGUAUCAUAACUCAUGUUCACUAUGAAGGUCCUAGAAACACAUUAGCUUAAUCAUGAAACCUCUGAGAUAAUUUACUUAACUGGAAUAAUUUCACAGGAAAGCCAAUAUAAUUCAGGAUAUAGUAAAUACAUGGAUAGAAAUCAGAUUUUCACUCAAACUAUUUUUGUCCUCAUCUGGUUAUAUGGUGCCAAGUUAUGUGGUAGCCUCAGAGCAGCAAGGUUUGUCUUAAUUUGCAGGGAUCCAUACAGGUACAUUUCUUUUCCUUUUCUCACAUUAAAUUCAUUAUGUGAUGUUCAAAAGACUGAUGCACACUAGAAAACCUUUAGGCAUUUCUGUGUAACGGCGAUGGUUUAUUAAAAGGAUAGGUUAUUACUUUGAACAAUGACUUCAGUGCGUAUGUUAAAAUGUGAAAUGUUUAUGGUACUGGCCUGUUUUGGCCAGAAUCUGUACAACUAGACUUUUAUUCAUAAAUGCAUGCCUUAGCUAAUAAACCACAUUUAUUUUCA